AUGUCGGAUCAACGAAAGUAUACGGCAAAGCUCGAAGGCUCACGCGCACUUGUCAUUGGCGGUUCCUCGGGUAUCGGUUUCACCGUCGCAGAAGCAUGCCUCGAGUACGGCGCACUUGUCACCGUCAGCUCCUCGAAUAUCAAUCGUGUACAAGCUGCUGUAGAGAAGUUGAAGACGAGUUAUCCGUCGGCUAAAGACAGAGUGUUUGGGUUGACUGUUGAUCUGAGCAAGGUGGAGACGGUAGAAGAUGAGCUCAAGACGUUGCUUGAGGGCACCGUGAAAGAGAUGGGCGGCAAGUUGGACCAUGUGAUAUUCACGGCGGGAGACGGUUUAGCUGUUUCGAAGUUGGAGGACUUGACGGCGCAGAAGAUUAUCCAAACGGGACAAGUCCGUUUCGUCGCGCCGCUCCUUCUUGCGAAGUUCGUACCAACAUACCUCAACAGUAGCUACAAGAGCACUUACACCAUAGCAACUGGCUCCAUAUCUGAGAAACCAAAGCCGGGUUGGUCUGUGAUUGCAUCGUACGCAGGUGGAGUUCAUUCUAUGGUCCGGAACCUCGCGCUCGACUUGAAACCCAUUCGCGUAAAUGGCGUCAGUCCUGACGUAGUCGACACCGAGCUCUGGAGCAUGCCCCAAGAAGAAAAAGAGAAGAUGAUGCAGCAGGCGAGCGAGAAAAUGUUGACUGGGCGACCGGGUCAGCCGGAGGAUGUGGCGGAGAUCUUUUUGGCGAUUUUGAAGGAUCGGAAUAUGGAUGGGACCAUAGUUCGGACGGAUGGUGGGGUUCUCCUUAUGUAA